AAAUCAUAUUUGAUGCCCGAUGAGGUGAUCUCAUCACGAAUGUUCUUGACAAAGAUAUCACAUUUAACGUAUAUGUGGAUUGUGGUGGCGGUCACCAUGCAGCAGCCGUGCAUUGGCGCUAUUUUUGCAAGAUUUGCAGUUUUGGGUAUGUAUAAAUGGUCUACGAGGAUUCUAGAGCGCAGUCGAGAGUUCGAUACGGUUCGAGUACGUCGCAAACAGCCUCCAGAUACGAUGAACACUCACGGUGCGAACUACUACGUUCCGAUUCAGGACGAAACGUGCGAGAAACAGCACAAUGAUUUUGAUAAACCCCGUUAUACGCCACGUAUUUUGGGAAGAAGAUUUGCCUUGACAUCAACAGCGUAUAAAUUUUUGGAUGUUGGAAUCAACGCGGGACCUAUGUCCUCUGUGGAUAUACUUAUUGGCGGUAACCGAGGCAAUCGGAUAAUUCUGCUACAUGCAACGUGGGUGACAUUCAUCGAAAAACGUGCACAUAUACAGCGCAUCUACAGUCAUCGGCACCAUCAUCGCUAACAUUUCGAGAUCUGGAGCUUGUUAAAAUACGUGACGCAGAUAUUGUAAAAUUGACGUCGUGCGGCACCAGCUUGUACAUGAAACCGUCAACUGUACUCUUCCUGUUCGAAC